UUCUAUUUCUUCCCCCUCCGCCGGCGCGCGCCAUCUCUGGGCAACUCCGAGCGCCGGUGGCUCGCCUGCGUAAAUUAACCCAACCCACGUAGCAUUCUCUCGCGGGCCAUGGCCUCCUGCUCCUCCGCUUAGUUGCUUGUUUUUCCAUAACUCUUGCUUAAUUAGCGCGGUGUUCCAAGAAGUGGGAGUUCUACUACUCGAGGGCUUGAUUAGCGGAGGUGGGGGCUGGGAGUAGCUUCGGCGGCGGCGAUCCGGGCAUGGGGAACGCGAGCGCCAAGGAGGAGGGGAACGGCCACAUGGCAGCGUCGCCGGAGCCGGUGUCUGCCGACGGCGGCACGAGCUCGGUGGAGGCCGCCGCCGCGCAACCGCCGCCGUUGUCGCCGCCGGACGCCGUGAUGCUGGAGCAGCCUCCGCCCGUGCCCUACCUCUUCGCGCCGCAGGAUAUAGAUGGAACUUACCAGUGCACUGCACCACGCAAAAGAAAAGAGAAGGAAAGGAAGGAAAGGAAGGAAAGAAAAAGAGCUUGGCAGUGCAACAAAAAGGCUUCGGUUCCAGUGACUCCACUGCAGAGACCUACUGAAUUUUCUCCCGUUUUUAACCAUUCACCGAUAAAUGGCUCAGACGAACCCAACAACAGUAACCCCCAGGAGAAGGGGAUUCCAACUUUGAUUGCAUGGAAUCAAGGAGGAACUGAGGUGUUUCUGGAAGGAUCAUGGGAUAACUGGACAUCAAGAAGGGCAUUCGAGAGGUCUGGCAAAGAUCACACCAUCUUGUUAGUUCUGCCAUCCGGAGUAUAUCAUUACCGGAUCAUUGUGGACGGGGAACUGAGAUAUGUCCCUGAACUACCUCAUGUAACUGAUGAGAGAGGGCAAGUGGCCAACCUCCUCGAUGUCCAUGAUUAUGUUCCAGAAAGUCUCGACAGCGUAGCAGAAUUUGAGGCGCCUCCUUCACCCGAACACAGCUACGACCUGCAAUUCCUGGGAGACGAGGAAUUCGCCAAGGAGCCACCCACCCUCCCGCCCCAGCUUCUCACGUCUGUCCUUUGUGAUACUGAUAACACUAACGAACAAACUCCAAAGCCACAGCAUGUCGUCCUCGACCAUCUGUUCAUCGAGAAAGGGUGGGGAUCGCAGUCGCUGCUCGCCCUCGGUGUCACUCACCGGUUUCAAUCCAAGUAUGUGAGUUUUGUGCUCUACAAACCACUGAGGAGGUGACAAUGCUGUGAAUGGAAGAAGAUGAAAGGAACGGUGGCUAGGGACUGAUGGAAGUGAAUAAGGGGGUGUCGCUGACAUUGUAGUAUUGUACAAAAGGGAAAUGCAGGAGCCCCUAGCUGUUCUUUCUUUUCCCUUUCGAAGGUAAUAAACUGGUUCUUGUUGCCUGAGUUCUUUGAGAAAAUGGAACAAGAGAGCUGUAAACUUUCUCCAUGCGUGCGUCAUGUAGUGUGGAAAUUUGUGUGGUGUGAAAGUAGUCAGGCAUGGAAUUGUGCAAAUAUAUGGUCUUUUUCUGUGAUGUGGAGAUGCUGAAAGAAAGCAAAUGCUGAGACCAGCGACCAGUUAGCAACUCAA